GGUCAAUGUCGCCCGCCGGCGCUGGUGCCCCGGUGCCCCCGGAGAGCUGUCUGGGGCGCGUGACCCCGGAGCCCCGGGCAUCCGGACCCCGCUCACAGGCGCAGCCGCUAUUAAGGCAGGAGGCUAAAGAGGAGGAGGAAGGGGAGGAGACAGGCGCCCAGGGCUCCUGGGGAGCCGGCGCUGCGGAGAAGGGGCGGCGGGGCUGGCGGAAGGCCGCCGAGGCGCCUGCGGCCGGAGAGGGCCAGGUCGGGGCUGCGGGCGCCGCGGCGAGCGGGUCAGGCUCCAAGGGUGGAGGCGCGGGCGGCGGCCGCGGGGGCUGGUGGCGGCUCCUUGCCUGGCUGCGGCGGCGGCAGCCCCAGUGCUGCCCCUGUGCGGCGCCCCUUCCCCGCUCCGCCGCGCACUGUUGUCAUGGAGGAACCAAGAUGGCGGCUCUGGCCUACAACCUGGGCAAGCGAGAGAUCAACCACUACUUCAGCGUGAGGAGCGCCAAGGUGCUGGCGAUGGUGGCCGUGCUGCUGCUCGCAGCGUGCCACCUCACCUCCCGCCGCUACCGAGGCAGUGAUUCAUGUGAAUACCUUCUCUCAAGUGGCAGAUUUCUUGGAGAGAAAGUUUGGCAACCUCACAGUUGUAUGAUGCAUAAAUACAAAAUCAGUGAAGCAAAGAACUGCCUUGUAGAUAAACAUAUUGCGUUUAUUGGAGAUUCCAGAAUUCGUCAGUUGUUUUAUUCUUUUGUAAAAAUAAUUAAUCCCCAAUUCAAAGAAGAAGGAAAUAAGCAUGAAAACAUUCCUUUUGAAGACAAGAUUUCAUCAGUCAAAGUGGAUUUUCUGUGGCAUCCAGAAGUUAAUGGCUCUAUGAAACAGUGUAUGAAAGUAUGGGCUGAGUUUUCCACACUGAGCAUGUAUUGCCUUUAUAAUGAGACAGUAACUCAUUUGUGUUCUUACAUAUGGGAUUCUGUUGCAAAGCCCCAUGUGAUUGUAGCAGGAGCUGCCACAUGGUCUAUUAAGAUUCACAAUGGUAGCAAUGAAGCGCUUUCUCAAUAUAAAAUGAACAUUACCUCCAUCGCACCACUUCUAGAAAAACUGGCAAAGACUAGUGAUGUUUAUUGGGUCUUACAAGAUCCUGUUUAUGAAGAUCUAUUAAGUGAAAAUAGGAAAAUGAUCACUAAUGAGAAGAUAGAUGCCUACAAUGAAGCUGCAGUCAGUAUUUUGAAUAGUAGCACCAGAAAUUCUAAAUCAAAUGUUAAGAUGUUCAGUGUUUCCAAAUUAAUUGCUCAAGAAACCAUCAUGGAGUCUUUGGAUGGCUUACAUCUUCCUGAAUCAAGCAGAGAAACUAGUGCAAUGAUUCUUAUGAACGUGUAUUGCAAUAAGAUUUUGAAGCCUGUAGAUGGUUCGUGUUGUCAACCGCGUCCUCCUCUUACUCUCAUACAGAAGCUAGCUGCUUGUUUUUUCACUUUAUCUAUUAUUGGAUAUUUAAUCUUUUAUAUUAUUCAUCGUAAUGCUCAUCGGAAGAAUAAGCCGUGUACUGAUUUGGAAAGCGGAGAGGAAAAGAAAAACAUUAUCAAUACUCCCAUGUCUCCAUUAGAAAUACUUUUACAGUCUUUCUGCAAACUUGGCCUGAUUAUGGCUUAUUUCUAUAUGUGUGACCGUGCAAAUUUAUUUAUGAAGGAAAACAAAUUUUAUACACAUUCAACUUUCUUUAUUCCAAUUAUCUACAUCUUGGUUUUGGGAGUAUUUUACAAUGAAAAUACUAAAGAGACUAAAGUAUUAAAUAGAGAACAAACAGAUGAAUGGAAAGGCUGGAUGCAACUUGUGAUCUUGAUUUAUCAUAUCUCUGGAGCAAGUACAUUUUUGCCUGUGUACAUGCACAUUCGGGUUCUGGUUGCUGCAUAUCUAUUUCAGACAGGGUAUGGGCAUUUCUCCUACUUUUGGAUCAAAGGAGACUUUGGAAUCCAUAGAGUAUGUCAGGUCUUAUUUCGUCUCAAUUUCCUGGUAGUGGUGUUAUGUGUAGUAAUGGAUCGGCCUUAUCAAUUCUAUUACUUUGUCCCCUUGGUCACUGUAUGGUUCAUGGUCAUAUAUGUUACUUUAGCACUAUGGCCACAAAUAAUCCAAAAAAAAGCAAACGGAAAUUGUUUCUGGCAUUUUGGCUUACUGUUGAAACUAGCCUUCUUGCUGUUGUGUAUAUAUUUUUUGGCAUAUUCUCAGGGGGCAUUUGAGAAGAUCUUUUCUCUUUGGCCAUUGUCGAAGUGUUUUGAACUGAAAGGGAAUGUGUAUGAAUGGUGGUUCAGGUGGAGGUUAGAUCGUUACGUUGUCUUUCAUGGAAUGUUGUUUGCUUUCAUUUAUCUGGCUUUACAGAAGCGUCAAGUACUUUCUGAAGGAAAGGGUGAACCUCUUUUUUCAAACAAAAUUUCAAAUUUUCUAUUGUUUGUUUCAGUAGUUUCUUUCUUGACUUAUUCCAUCUGGGCUAGCAGUUGUAAAAACAAAGCAGAGUGCAAUGAACUCCACCCAUCUGUUUCUGUGGUACAGAUUUUAGCCUUCAUCCUAAUAAGGAAUAUCCCUGGAUAUGCCCGUUCUGUUUACAGUUCAUUUUUUGCUUGGUUUGGAAAAAUUUCCUUAGAGCUGUUUAUCUGCCAGUAUCACAUCUGGCUGGCAGCGGACACAAGGGGUAUUUUGGUUCUCAUACCCGGAAACCCCACACUCAACAUCAUUGUCAGCUCUUUCAUAUUUGUCUGUGUGGCACACGAAAUUUCUCAGAUCACUAAUGAUCUUGCACAGAUUAUUAUUCCUAAAGAUAACUCAUCUCUGCUGAAAAGGUUGGCAUGCAUAGCUGCAUUUUUUUGUGGACUCCUCAUCUUAUCAUCCAUUCAAGAUAAAUCAAGACAUUAGGUUCCUAACAUCCUAAAAAACUGAAAUUCUUCAGGCUAAGUUUGUGUCUGCCUAGAAGAGAAAAGCAUCUAUCUGGAAAUAUAAAUGUGUACGUAAAAACAAAUGUGUGGCAAGAGGACAGUUCAGUGACGUCUGUUGAACAUGUGUGGUUGUGUCUUUUGGAAAUGUACGUAUCCAAUGUGAAAUGCUGAAAAAAAAAUUGAGGAAGCAGUGUGUAUCAAAUAGGAUUGCAUGUGAAAAGUCUUUUCUACUAGGUCUGUAUUUCCAUUUAUAAAUGACUUUUAAGUUAACGUAUGAAGGCAGGGAAAUAGUUACCUUUCCAGUAAAAAAUACAGGUUAUUUAAUUAGCCAAGUGAUACCACCAAGUGUUUUGAUAUUUACUAAAUUUGUGGUAAUAAGUUUGUCUACACCUACAUCUAUCAUGGAACUUCCUACUUCACUGAAAACUUUCUUACUCCAGAGUGACUGCAGUAUUGUUUUCUUACCAUGUGUGCAAUGAUGUGGAAUGAGAAACAGUAUGCCUCUAAUUUCUGUGUUCAUGUUCUGAUGUUAUAUGUUUCUUGACAUAAUUUUUCUUCCUAACUAUGGUUUUCAGGUAUACAAGCCUAAAUCUUUGUACACUUGUCUCACCAAGUUCUUCUAGGCUCCAUGACAGGGUUUUGUCAUUGUUGAUGUUACUGUUGCUUCUUUUUAUAAAAAGGCCAAAUUUUCUUUCCAAUCCAAACAUUCACCUGCUUCCUUCCCUUAAGCUAUCCCAGUGUAACACCAGUUACCCUGUGGAUCCAUUUAAUUUGUUUUCCCCAACUAAUUAAUUUUUGUAUAUUAUUUCCAAUGUUUGGAAAGCUCUUUAUAACCAUUUUGGUAUUUCCUAUUACUCCCUCCUAUUUUUAAAAAAAUAUUUAUCAAUCUAAACUUGUGCAGUAUAGUAAAGAUUCAAGUUGUUUUGAUUGAGAUGUAUAUAACCAUAAGGAAACCAGUGAGUUUUGUCAGUAUAUGUUUCAGGUUUUGUUUUGUUUUGUUACAAGUUAACUGUUAGAGGUAUAAAUUUAUUUAUCUGUUGUACAGAUUUAAUUAUGACUUUUAAUGUUUGAAAGAAAUGCACUUGUUUGCUCUUACUAUGUGUGGGGUAAAAAAUAUUUUCUGUUCUGAUAUAUGAAAAUAUGGAGUAAUUUAAACAGUAAAUAAACGUUCUGUGGAUGCUUAUUUUUGUAUUGGCAAAGUAUCAAUUAAA